AUGGAAAAAGCGAAAAAGGGGAAAAAAAUGGAAAAAGCGAAAAAGGGGAAAAAAAUGGAAAAAGCGAAAAAGGGGAAAAAAAUGGAAAAAGCGAAAAAGGCGGAAAAAAAUAGAAAAAGGGAAAAUACAAAUUUGAGCAGUGAAGAUAAUGAGGUUAACAAAAUUGAUACCAAAAUUAAGGAUAAGAAAGUUAAGAACUCUAAUGAGAAGAAGAAAAAAAAAAAAGAUCUAGCUUUCAAUAAAAGGAUUAGAGUUGAUGACCUUUCCAGAUUGGACAAUGAAGAUGAUGAACAUAGUGAACAGGAGCACGUACUAAAGAAGGGAAUUCAUUUUAAGAAGACUAAACAAGUGGUUGGGGCAAAAAAUGGAAAAAAAGGGGAAUCCAAGGAAGUAGAUAAAAAGAUGAAUAAGAAAUGGAUGAAGAAGUGGACGGAAAAAAAAAAACAAAAAACAAAUACGAAUGAAAUAAAGCAGUGGGGGGGAGAAGUGGAUGAGGAAGAGGACGAGGACGAGGACGAGGACGACGACGAAGAAGAAUGGCCAACAGAUGAUUACACGAGUGGCCAUAUGGAACGUGGGCCCCACUCCUAUUUAUCUAGUGAAUUUAUUCCCAUGAAUGGGGAAAAAAAAAAAAAAAAAAAAAAAUUGAAAAAAAAAGUUCUAGAUGAAGAGAAAUAUUUGGAUGAUAUAGAAAACGAGGAGGAUGAGAAGAAGAAGAAGAAAAAAAAUUUUUCGAAAAAUUUCAUAAAUUUUUUAAAAAACUACAACAAUAAUGAACAAGAGGGGAGAGAGGAACUAACGAAAGGUGUCAAAAGAAUUGGCAUAAAGAAUGUAGUAUCACCACCCUUGCAUUCUGAAGAAGUGGAAUAUGAAGACGAUCAUUAUGAGGAUGAUAUGGAUACAUAUAAAUACUUUUCUCAGAAAGACGAUGUUUACAAAAUUGAUAAGCCAGAUGAACAUGUAGAUAUAUCUGACUUUAUAUAUUCAGGAGAAAAAUUUCCAGGAAUACAAAUAAGUGAAGAUAUUAAAUUGUUGAAGAGGGGGAAUGAUGAGAAAGGAACACGUAACCAUAUAUCUAUCUUGGAGGAAGAGAAAAUGAAUUCACAUUUGAGUUACAUUAAAAAUGUAGAACUGUUAAAUAAAAUGAAUAAGUCCUUUUUUGUUAUACAAAAUUCGCAACGCGUACAUUUUGGAUAUGGUGUAAAAAAACGGCACGGUGCUGGAGAGAUGUCGAAGGCGUCCGAGUUUAUUAACAAGGGAAUUCUCAGAAGAUACUUCAGGAGAGGUGCAGAAGUGGGAGAAGUGGAAGACGUGGAAGACGUGGAAGAUGUGGCUUACGUGGCAGAGGAAGUAGAAGGAAGAGGCGAAGGAUGUCUUGAGAGAAAGGGAGAUGUCGAAAUCACAGCACACGAAUUCGAAAAAGAAAUGGAGAAUAAUUUGAGGAAAUCUAAAAUGUUAAUCGUGUCGGAUGAUGUGUUAAAAACAGAGAAAGAGAAAAAAAUGGAAGAAUUAAAAAAGAUUUCCCAACUUAAAGCACUUUUAUUGAAGGAGCAUAAAAAAAAUAAAUACAAAAAAAGAAUAAAGUCUAAAUCAUACCGCAGACACUUACGAAUGAAGGAGAAAAAGCAGGAAGAGAAAAUUUUAGAAAAAAUAUACUCUGAACAUCCAUAUUUGGCAAGAAAUAUAGAAAAUUAUGAAAAAGAGUAUGCAAAGAAAAGAAAUUUAAUAAACAAUGUGAAGAAGAGGAAAGCGGUACGCAUGCUAAAUCGUUACAAAAAUGAGGAAUUAAAAAAGCAGAUGCUUAGAAGCUUUCAAGCCGAUAAGGAGGAAAAAAAUAUGUUAAAGAGGAUUAUCGAAAAAGUGGUUGUGCAGAAUGUGGAGGACGUAGACCAUUCUGGUAGCGACGAUUCAAUCAGCUUAGAUAAUGAUAGUGCUCCAAAUGAUGACAGGGGUGAUAUGAAAAGUAGGAGCGAGGUGGGAGAAACAUAUGACGAAUCUUCGCAUAAAAAAAGAAAAGUUCGCAAGGAACUACAAAAGAGAAACCUCUUACGAUUUUCCUUUGUGAAAAAUGCCGAAGAAAGAAAAAGGGACGAAGAGAUAUAUCAAGAGAGAAAAAAACUGCUUUCUAAGAUUGAGCAGAAAGCCGAUGAGAACGAUGGUGAUUCUGUUGUCUGCUCCUCCACAGAUGGAAUAACGGACGAUGCAGAGAAAUACCAUGACUUAGAAGUGAGAAGCGAACUACACAGAUCGAGUAAGAAGGAGGUGUCGAGGGCCAGGGCUCAGCUGGCAAAGGAUACAGAUUUGGAGAAUGCCUUGCGGAAGGGUGGCAUUUUGGGAGAAGUAGCCCUGUCGGAUGUGGACCCGUCGGAGACGAACCCGUUGGAAAAGAACCGAUCAGAUGUGGACCCGUCGGAGACGAACCCGUUGGAAAAGAACCGAUCAGAUGUGGACCCGUCGGAGACGAACCCGUUGGAAAAGAACCGAUCAGAUGUGGACCCGCAGGAGACGAACCCGUUGGAGAAGAACAAAUUAGAUGUGGACCCGCUGGAGGUGAACCCAUUGGAGGUGGACCCUGCAUCUGGGAAAGGACGCAAAUGUCAAGUGAAAAACAUCUUCGACAUAGAUGCUAUAGAUGACGAAGCGGUGCUGCAAAACUGUGGAGAGAAAUUAACAGUUUACAAUUUUGAGAACAACAUUUAUGAAGAUUACAUAAAUGUGAAUUUAAAUGGAGUUAAUGUACAUAAGGAAGACGAGGAGUUAUACGAACUAAGCGAUAGCGAAAAAGUAGAACUGGAAAAACUUAACGUAAGGGAAUGGUGCAAUUAUGAAACACUUUUAGAAAUGGAAAAAAAUAAAAUUAUAAAGGAAAAAGAAAUCAUUGAAAAAAAAAAAAAAAUACCUAUCCAUUCUAUAAAUCUUCUCAACAAAAAGGACAAAAAAUUCAACAAAUAUUACAUUGAUAAAGUACCAUAUCCAUAUGAAAAAAGUCAAUAUGAAAAGUCAUUAAACAUAAAUCUAAACAAGGAGGUCAAUGAUCUCUCAGUAUAUUCGAAACUGAUCACUCCACAGAUAUCAAAUAGGAUUGGCAAUAUCAUAUCUCCGCUAGUUAAGAACCCCUUCGAGAUAGCCAAUAUAUUUACUCUGAAACGGGGCAAAAAUCGGGCCAAGUUGUGA